UUUCUUUUUUAGUACUAUAGUUCAUUUUAUCCACUUCUUCAGUGGAGUCUCAAAUCUGUAGUUUUAGUGAGGGCAGCGUUGAAGUAAAGGUUGAAGUGGUAUUUUGUGGGUUUCAUCAGUUAAAAGUUGUUUAUUUCCAAUAUACAAUCUUUGUCUCAGGUAGUGGCGUUGCAAUUUACGUUUUGAUGAAAAGCAAGCGGAUUCUGGCCUAGGUUCGGCCAGGUCAAUAUUGUGAAAAUGUUAAGGCGGCGUGACAAAGUUUACGACUCCCGUAUCUUCCUCACCUUGUUCGUGGGGAUGAGCCUAUUUAAACUUGACCAGAUCUGUUGUGAAAGCGAAACAAAUCACGUUAAAAAGAAAACAGAAAACUUGUGCAAAAAUGAAAAAAAAAAUUGGUCAAUGGGGAGAUACUUCUGACGGGCCUGUGGUGUUCAACCCCGGGGGUGUAUUGGAAUAAGCAGUUUGGGCUCUCUCUUCAAUUGGAGUUGUCACUGAUGCAAACUGUGCACCAUGGAUCAAGGAGGGGGAGGACUUGAGUUACAUUCCCAGGAAUCAAAAGUGUCUCACGCUAUGAUCAUGCAAGACUUCGUGACUGGAAUGGCUGGUGCUGCCCACAUUGAUGGCGAUCACAUUGUUGUAUCUGUGCCUGAUGCAGUGCUGGUCUCUGAUGUCACUGGGGAAGAAGUUACACUAGAACAUGGUCUCACAACUAAUAUUCAUGAAGUUGUGCAGGGCCCUGAUAUUAUAGCUGAAAGUGAUAUUGUUACUGAAGGAGUGAUUGUCUCAGAUUCUGUGCUAGAGACUAAUGUUACUAUUGAAGAAGACUUGAGCACCAGUUCGGUUCCUGACCAUGUUCUGGCUUCAGAUCUUAUAACUGAGACUGUUGGUGUUCCGGAUCAAGUACUAGUGUCGGACCUUGUUUCAGUACAGGACGAGGAGCAUUUUGAACACGUGGUCCAGGAUUCAGUUACAGAUGUUCUCUCUCCUGGGAUGGUCUCGGAAGAAGUUAUGGAAGUAGAUGCUGUAUCAGAGACUGUGAUUCAAAACCAUGAUUUAGUAGUUCAAAAUCACGAGACUGUUUCUGGCCCGCCUAUUGAAGCCCGGGUAGAUGGAAAAGAUGCGUCUGAGGAUUUCUUAAUGAUAUCCUUAGAUGAUGUCGGAGAGAAGCUGGACCAGAUGGGAAAUGCACCAAUAAAAAUAAGCACUGAUAUUGAGCAAGAUUCUUCUAAAGAAGGUGGCUUUGGAGCUGAGGUCAUCAAAGUGUAUAUUUUUAAAGCUGAACCAGAAGAUGAUGUGGAAAUAGGUGAAACUGAAGUUAUUACAGAGAAUGAUUAUCAGAAUGGUCAUACCGUAACUGGAGUACUUGAACAAGGGAAUGUUGGUAGAAUGCCUCGGGAAAAGAUGGUUUACAUGGCAGUCAAAGAUCCAUCUCAGGAAGAUGACAUUAACUGUGCUGAUAUUGCUGAUGAAGUUUACAUGGAGGUCAUUGUUGGAGAUGAGGAAGCAACAACAGUGCAUGAGACGCAGAUUGAGGAUUCUGGCAUCAGUAAAGCCUUUGUACCUGUUGCAUGGGCUGCUGCAUAUGGUAACAAUUUUGAGGCAAAGAUAGAAAAUAAGAAUGGCACUUCGAGUCAGUUCCUACAAAUAAGUGAUAGCACAAGCACCACCAGAGCACUAAAGCAAAAAGCAAGGAAGAAGAGGAGGGGUGAAGGCAGACAGUGGCAUACAGCUGUCAUCAUAGGUCCUGAUGGACAGCCUAUAACUGUAUAUCCAUGCCACAUCUGUGGGAAGAAGUUUAAAUCCAGGGGUUUCUUGAAAAGGCACAUGAAGAACCAUCCUGAGCAGAGCACUAAGAAGAAGUAUCAGUGCACAGACUGUGACUAUACAACAAAUAAAAAAGCAAGUUUUCAUAAUCAUCUGGAGAGUCACAAGCUCAUCAACAAAGGAGAGAAAACAUACGAGUAUAAUGAGUAUGGAAAAAGAUUCACUCAGGCAGGAGCACUGACUGCUCAUAAACUGGUCACUAGGGAAAAAGAAACCAAAAUGCAUAAAUGUAAAUUUUGUGAUUAUGAGACAGCUGAACAGGGUCUUCUCAAUCGCCAUCUGUUGGCAGUGCACAGCAAGAAUUUCCCACACAUCUGUGUGGAGUGUGGGAAGGGAUUCCGUCAUCCAUCAGAACUCAAGAAACACAUGCGAACUCACACAGGGGAAAAACCAUACCACUGUCAGUACUGUGAAUACAGGUCUGCUGAUGCUUCUAAUCUGAAGACCCAUGUGAAAACUAAGCACAGCAAUGAGCUGCCAUACAAAUGUGACCACUGUCCUCAAACAUUUUUGGAUGACAAAGAUCUGCAGAAGCAUGCCACUUUAUUUCAGGCACAUAGGACCCAUCAGUGCCCACAUUGUGACCACAGAAGCUCCAACUCUAGUGACCUUAAACGUCAUAUAAUAUCUGUACACACCAAGGAAUUUCCGCACAAAUGUGAAGUAUGCGAUAAGGGAUUUCAUCGUCCAUCAGAGCUGAAGAAACAUAUGUCAACUCACAAGGGUAAAAAGCUUCAUCAGUGCAGGCACUGUGAUUUCAAAAUUGCAGAUCCUUUUAUACUUAGCCGCCAUAUUCUUUCAGUCCACACCAAGGACCUUCCUUUUAAAUGCAAAAGGUGCAAGAGAGAGUUUCGACAGCAAAGUGAGCUUAAAAAGCACAUGAAGACACAUAGUGGAAAGAAAGUUUACCAGUGUGAAUAUUGCGAAUAUAGUACUACUGAUGCUUCAGGUUUCAAGCGUCAUGUAAUAUCUAUUCACACAAAGGACUACCCUCAUAGAUGCGAGUUUUGCAAAAAAGGUUUCCGUAGGCCAUCAGAAAAGAACCAGCAUAUAAUGCGGCAUCAUAAAGAGGCUAUUAUGUGACAUACAGGCAGGAAAAUAUUUUACACAAAAUUUAAUUACUCAAGUUAAUUGGCACGACUCGUGAACUGUUUCUCCUGGUCUCAACUUGAAUGUUGUUUCACAACCUACCUUUCAUUCUUUGUAUUAUAAGUUUUUAAAAGGUAUGAAAGUUGGGAAGAGGAGUCAGUUGUACAAAUGUUUUUGUUUCAUUACACAAUCUGACUAGUAGUAUUCUGGGGCUGCCAUAAUUGUGAAGCCAUUCAGCGAGUUCUUUGUCUUAACAGUUUCAGCGACUCGAGUUUAAUUCACAUGCAGUUGCAAAAUAUUAUAUUCUACAGCUAUGCUAUAAAAUCCACAAUUAGACCCUUUAAAAUUGUUUCCACUUUAUUGUUAAUCCUGGUGAAUAUCUGAUUCAUGGAACAGAUGUUAAACAAUCUGUUAACUUUUUUUAAUCAAAAAUAAACCCCAAUAAAUAGCGAUUUGUGACAAAUAGCCUAGCAGGUACAGACGCUUUCCAAAAAGCUUCAUGAUAAGACUGGCUCAAUGGAUGCAAUUGAACUUCUUUUGAUUCACUCCUUCCAGUUGCUACAGCUUGUUACAGACUUGCAUUUUAAUACCAAAGCAAGUGUAGCUCUAUGUAACCAGUGUGGAUUGAUACCACACUGCUGAGAGUUGGACUGCUUUAUUAUAGGGCAUGUGUGGUGAUUCUGUGCAUCCCUUUUCAAAUAUUUUUGAUCUGCAAGUUACAUAACAUGGGGAGUACCUUAUGAAUCAAAUAAGUUGGUUCAGGGCUAUUUAAUGGAUACAGAUCUUGUUUUGACAUCGUUUGCAUAUAAUGUAUAAGAAUUGGUAUGAUGGAUAUAGUUUUUUUUAGCUGGUUACUGCUCACACAUUAAAUGGUUGUUCACUUUGUGAAUUUUUAACUUUAUUCAUUGUGUUGUGGUAGUUUUUGUGUUUUUUCAAAUGUUGUCAAUUUUUGUUCUGCACCAGAUGAGAAUCAGUUGCUCGAGAAUACAAAAUGUUCUAUUUCCAAAAUUCAGAAUGUUAAUUUAGCAAUGCCUCUUAGAUUUAAAAAAAACACUUGUGUUUCAUGUGGCUGUAAAGGUUGUACACUCUGUAAAAUAAGAGAUCUUUUGUCACUGUUCUGUGGGAUUACUAUUUCUAAAUGUUCUUAAUGUGAUGAGUAUAACAAUAAAACUGUAUCUGUUGCACUGAAA